CCGCCAUCCUCCAGAACCGAAUCUCACAAGUCGCUGAGAUUAGAGGACAGUCAAAAUGGGAAAUACCAGACUCCAAUACCGACGAAGGAACCCGUACAAGACGCGGUCCAACAAGGUCCGUGUGAUCAAGACUCCGGGUGGUGAACUUCGAUACCUCCACAUCAAGAAGAAGGGUACCGCACCAAAAUGCGGUGAUUGCGGUAUCAAGCUCCCAGGAAUUCCCGCUCUUCGUCCCCGUGAAUACUCCCAGAUCUCCCGCCCAAAGAAGAAUGUCACCCGCGCCUAUGGUGGCUCCCGUUGCGGAAACUGCGUCAAGGACCGGAUCGUCCGUGCUUUCUUGAUUGAAGAGCAGAAGAUCGUCAAGAAGGUUCUGAAGGAGUCGCAAGAGAAGGCCGCUGCCUCGGCGAAGAAGCGAUGAAGGGAUGAGAAAAUGUUGUCGGAUACGGUGAUGGGUCUGGUAUGACGUUGGAUUGCACCGGAGUUCUGGGACAUACAUGGCAUGGGAUAACGAAGCAAUCACCCAUGCUUAUCUUACCUGCUUGCACGAGCUUUCCAAUGAAAUCCUGUUACGGGGGAUAGUUAAUGGCCCUAUUUUAUUUAUGGGAUGCUUCAUUUUGUUGGCUGUCAUUAAACCAGCAGUGUCAAAGAAUUACAAUACCUUGAACAUAAAAUUUCAGCGUGGCCAACCUAUCGAUCACUAAGAGCUUCAGUUACCUUUUGAA